AUGAAGAUCCUUCUUCUCUUUUAUUUGAUUUUAUUCCAUACACGUUUUUCUUCCUUCGAAUCUUUCCUUCUUUUUUUCUUUCCUUUUCCUUUUGUUUCUUUCUUCAUUUUUCAAAAAAGAAUUUAUCACCUUUAUGUUUUGAAGUCUUUCUCCAAAAAUCGAACAAGAAAUGUUGCCCUUUGUUUCCCUUUCUUUUUCCUUCUUUUCCUUCCUUUUCCUUCCUCCUUUUUUUUUACCUUCCUUCCUUCCUUCCUUCCUUCCUUCCUUCUUUUUCCUUCCUUCCUUCCUUCCUUCCUUUUUUCCUUCCUUCCUUCCUUCCUUCCUUCCUUCCUUCCCUUCUUUUUUCUUUCUUUCCUUCCUUCCUUCUUUUCCCCCUUCCUUUUCUUUCCUUCUUUUUUCCCUUCCUUCCUUCCUUCCUUCUUUUUUUUCUUUCUUCUUCCUUCCUUUCCCCUCCUUCCUUUUUUCUUUCCUUUCUUCCUUCCUUCCUUCCUUCCUUCCUUCCUUUCCUUCUUUUCCUUCCUUCCCUUUUUCCCCUUCCUUCCUUCCUUCUUUCCUCCCCUUCAUUCAUUCAUUCAUUCAUUCCUUCUUUCCUUCCUUCCUUCCUUCCUUCUUUUUUUCCUUUCCUUUUCCUUUUUCCUUCCUUCCUUCCUUCCUUUCUUUCUUUCUUUCCUUCCUUUUUUUCUUUAUUCAUUAAUUUAUCAACCUAUUUAUUGCUGUUUUCUGCCACUGCCAUUUUUGAGGCUUUUCUUUCUGUCACACUGUAUCUCAUUAUUUAUUAAUUUAUCAAUUUAUUUAUAUUUUCAUUUUAUUUGUAUUUUAUUUCCUUCCUUUUUCCCCCCCUUCUUCUUUUCUUUUUCUUUUUUUCCACCCUCCCUUCCUUCCUUUUUCUUUUUCCUUCUUUUUUUCUUUCUUGUUUGUUCUCGUUCCUUCUUGUUCUUUCUCUUUUUUUCUUUUUCUUCUUUUUCUUUCUUUCCUUCCUUCCUCCCUUUUUCCCCUUUCCUUCCUUCCUUCUUUCCUUCCUUCCUUCCUUCCUUCCACCCUUCCUUCCUUCCUUUCUUUCUUCUUUCCUUCUUUUUUCUUUCUUUCCUUCCUUCCUCCCUUUUUCCCCUUUCCUUCCUUCCUUCUUUCCUUCCUUCCUUCCUUCCUUCUUCCACACUUUCUUUCUUUCCUUCCUUCCUCCUUUUCUUUCCCUUUUCCUUCCUUCCUUCCUUCCUUCCUUUUUUCCUUUCCUUCCUCCCUUUUCCCCCUUUCCUUCUUCUUUCCUUCCUUCCUUCCCUUCCUUCCUUCCUUCCUUUCCUUUUUUUUUUUUUUCUCUUUUCCUUUCCUUCCUCCACCCUUUUCCUUCCUUUUUCUUCUUUCCUUCUUUUUCUUUCUUUCCUUUUCCUUUUUUCUCCUUCUUUCCUUCCUUCCUUCUUCCUUCCUUCUUCUUUCCUUCCUUUCUUUCUUCUUUCUCUUCCUUCCCUUUUUCCUUUCCUUCGUUCCUUUUUUUUCUUCUUUUUUCUUUUCCGUUACUUUCCAUUUUUUUUUUUCCUUCUUUCCUUUUCCUUCCUAUUCCUUCCUUUUUCUUUUCUUCUUUCUUUUUUCCUUCCCCUUUUCUUUCCCUUCCUUCUUUUCCUUUUCCUUCCUUCUUUUCCUUCCUUUUCUUUUUUCUUUCUUCUUUUCUUAAUUUUUUCUCGUUCUUCCUUCCUUCUUUCCUUCCUUCCUUCCUUCCUUCCUUUCUUCCUUCCUUCCUUUCUUUCUUCUUUUCCUUCUUUCUUUUUCUUUCUUCCUUUCCUCCUUUUUCCCCUUUCUUUUCUUUUCCUUCCUUUCUUUUUUUCCUUCCUUUCUUUCUUCUUUUUCUUUUUUUUUCUUUCUUCCUUCCUGUUUUUCCGCUUUUCUUGUUUUUCCUUCCUUCCUUCCUUCUUUCCCUUCCUUUCUUUCUUGAUUUUUUUUUAUCUUUCUUCCUCCCUUUUCCCCUUUCUUCCUCUUUCCUUCCUUCUUUCCUCCUUCAUUCAUUCAUUCCUUUCCACCCUUCCUUCAUUCAUUCAUUCUUUUUGCUUCCUUCUUUCCUUCCUCCUUAAACCUUCCUGA